GAUUUUUCUUUUUUAGCCUAUAAAUACAGUGGAUUAUAUGGAUUGAAUUUUGAAGGUUAAUCAGUCUUGCAUCCUUGGAAUAGAUCAGUCUUGCAUCCUUGGAAUAGACCCCACUUGGUCAUGAAUUCUAACCAUCCAGAGUAUGAAAUAUAAGGAGUAGAGUUCUCUUUCAUUAUCUUCUGCACCUGUUCCUCUCAUCCUCCUUCUUGACUCAGAGGUAAGGAAAGUGAACAGUUUGGGGUAUGUCUUCCAGGACUGUGACUCCUACCCCUAAGUAAUAUUUGGUCACCUGGUGGACAUUUUUUCCCUGACUCUUCAAGGAUCAGAAGGAGUUUUGAUGAUGAAACUGGUGGUGGGGGAAGUCAAAGAGGAACAGAGGAAAGCCAGAGUGGGAGGUCAGAGGGAGGAACAAACAGCCAUCUUUGUCGGCUACAAGAGGAGGCUCCUUUGAUCUAGUGUCCCCACAUGUUCCCCACAUGAAGGCUAUGACUUCAGGGGCAGAUGUAGAAUGGCCUCUUUUGGUGGGGUACCAGAUGAAGGAGUCCACAAGCCUAGCUUCUGGAAAAUAUCUGAUCUUUCAGCAAAUUCUGUUGUCUCUUCCUACAAAAUACAUCCAGAAGAUGACCACUAUCCAUUAUUUUCACAUCUAACAUUGUGAUCCAAACCAGUCUCAUCUCUCUCCUGGAUUAUUGCAAUAGGCCCACUGUUCUCUCUGAUUCAGCCUUUGCCUUCUAAAAGUCUAUUCUCAACAUAGUUACCAGAGUGAUCUUUUCAAAUGUAAUUUCUCCUGCAAAACUCUGCAAGCUUCCCAUGUCACUGAAUCUAAAACUAAUCAAUUAUCUAGACCUAACUACCUGUUUAUAAGGCAAUUCAGCUCAUAGGGGAACAUCUAGAUAACAUCACAAGAAUACAAUUAACCAUUUCCAAACUGUGGAAAAUUCUAGAAGAUAAAUUACUUAGUUUUUUCCAACAGGUGAAUGCCUUAAAAAGGGAGGGAGAACUGUUAUAGACUAAAAGAUGUAUCAACCAAUCACAAUGUGUGGACUUUGUUUGGAUCUUGAUCUCAACAAUACAGUUAUACAAAGAUAUUUUAGCAUAUUUGGAGGAAAUUGAGUAUGGCUUGGUUAUGAAAUUAUAUAAAAGAAUUAUGAUUAAGUUCAUUUGGUGAGAUAAUGAUAUUUCUGUUAUGCUUUUUAAAAGUUCAUAUCUUUGUAGGUACAUACUGCUGCAUUCAAGGAGAAAUGACAUAAUGUCUGGAAUUUGCUUUAAAAUACAGCAAGUCCCCCACUCCUCUAUCUCAAACACCUGAAUAAAAAGAAAUGAACAAAAGACUAAAAGUCUGCGUGUAUGGUGGUUGGAACAAGAAUGGCAGAAUACUGAUAACUGUUGAAACUGGAUUAUGUGUACAUGAAGCUGCAUUCCUAUUACACAAUUCUCUCUACUUUAGUUUGAAAAUUUCUACCACCCAAAAAAAUGCUCUUUGGCCCCUCUUUUUUAGGGAUUCUUUAAGAAACUGGAGAUUUAAUCUCAUCGGCAAUUUUUUACAAGGCUACAUUUGCCCUAUCUUCAUUCUCCUUCUGCCUGGGGACAGUCUGCAGUGCCCUUUCAAAUUUGGGCCCAUCUUGGUCCUCUGGGUAUUUCUACUGCUUUUUUAAUGCAGUGAUUUCUGGGAGUCCCCCUCAUACUUGUCAACUAAUAGUCCCACUGGACUGGGGCCACUGCCCCAAAUAAGGUGUCUCUAAUUUUAGAUUGGAAUCAGGAAGUUCCAGAUGGGUUGCCACUUAUAACUGGUACACAUUUCAGCCCAUGAGCAGAGAUGUGCAGGAAAUAGUAUGCAAUUUUCUUAUGUAACUCCAUUUAAUUUGUAAUUUAAGCCUUGGUUCUGUUGAUGUCCUGUUUGGAUUUCCACCCCUCCCUAUUUGGAAUUCAUACAGGGCUGAGGUUUUGAGGGUGGGGUGAGAGCAUAGUCUCUGGUUAUUGGAGCAUACAGCUGAAGUUUAGAUGCCCAUCAGCUCAGCUGCCAGGGAGUCUUUAGGUGGUGUGGCUCCUAUGCCAUGUGUGAGAUAGGUCGCCAUGAUUCUGCCUGUACGCAUAAUACAGGCAGCCCUUCUUGAAGUUUUUGCCACAUGUACCUCUUCAGCCACAUUUUAGAGGGCUCCUCUCCUCCAUAGUUUGAAGAUCCCUCUCUCUCUCUGACCUAAUCAGUACCUCUCAACACUAUAGUAGAGCAAGAAGCGGGCAUGCCUAAUUAAAAAAAAUCCUGCUUCCGUUAUGUUUCUGCUAACUUUCCUCUUUCCUACAGAGUUUGAGAUUUUAGAAAUAAAAGUCAGGUGGGGUGUGGUGGCUCAUGCCUACAAUCCUAGCACUUUGGGAGCCUGAGGCAGGAGGAUAGCUUGAGGCUAGAAGUUCAAGACCAACCUGGGCAACAUACUGAGACCCUGUUUCUCAAAAAAAAAAAAAAAAAAAAAAAAAAAAAAAAUUAGCCGGGUGUGGUGCCUCGUGUCUGGUGCCUGUUGUCCCAGCUACUCGGGAGGCUGAAGUGUGAUGAUCACUUGAGCCUAGGGGCUGAAGUGACCCUAUGAUCACACCACUGCAAUCCAGCCUGGGCAACAGAGAGAGACCCUGUCUCUGAACAAACGAAACAAAAUAAAAACAACAACAAAAAAAAAAAAAAAAGAAAGAAAAGUCAAGAUGAUUAACAUGCUAUUGCUGCUUUCAGCCCUGCCAUACCCCUCCUCUGAGCAAUGAACACAAAGCCUGCUACCUGCUUGAGUCCAGAAGGGAAAGGGUGAAAAAAAAGGAGAAAAGAAAAAAAUUAAACAGAACAUGUUAACAUCUCAAAAUAUUCUGCCACAUUUGAAAUACGGGAGAGUUGAAUUCAUUAGAGGACUUCUAUUGGAAAAAAGGAAUUGUUUUUGAAAACGACGUCUCUGCAGUUGCACAGACUGUGUUGGACCUAGGUCCGUAGAACGCCGUGAUGUCAUCAUCGAGGUCAGAGAAUCUGCGGUGGGCCUGGUGACCUUUGAACCUUAACAGUCCUGCAGUGUAGUGGGCACUGGGCAGUGCUGCUCCUUCACUAAGAGGUCUGAGUUCUUUAGCUAUCUCGGAGAUUCAACUACGUUUAUUCGUACUGAAUCUUUUUAAUGAAUUUCCUGAGAGCCAAGAAGGGCCAAUCUACAGGAAAAAGUGGGAGGUGGACAUUAAGCAUCUUCUAGAAACUCUUCUAGCUGAUAUCAUGAAACGACGACAAAAGAGGAAACAUUUGGAAAAUGAAGAGUCCCAGGAAACCGCUGAGAAGGGAGGAGGAAUGUCAAAGUCCCAAGAGGAUGCCCUGCAGCCUGGAUCCACUAGAGUGGCCAAAGGCUGGAGCCAAGGGGUGGGAGAAGUUACUUCUACCUCCGAAUACUUCUCCUGCGUUUCUUCUUCACGCAAGCUCAUCCACAGUGGAAUCCAGAGAAUACAUCGAGACAGCCCCCAGCCUCAAUCACCCCUGGCCCAGGUUCAGGAACGAGGAGAGACUCCUCCCCGCUCACAACAUGUCUCCUUGUCGUUCCAUUCAUCCUAUAAGACUUGUGUGUCCUCUCUGUGUGUAAACAAAGAGGAAAGGGGCAUGAAAAUAUACUACAUGCAGGUACAAAUGAACAAAGGUGUGGCUGUCUCCUGGGAGACAGAGGAAACUUCGGAGUCCUUAGAAAAGCAGCCAAGGAUGGAAGAAGUGACCCUUUCUGAGGUUGUGAGGGUAGGUACUCCCCCCUCUGAUGUGUCCACCAGAAACCUCCUGUCUGACAGUGAGCCCAGUGGGGAGGAGAAAGAGCAUGAGGAAAGGACAGAAUCAGACAGCCUGCCAGGCUCACCCACCGUUGAGGACACACCCAGGGCCAAGACUCCUGACUGGCUGGUGACCAUGGAGAACGGCUUCAGGUGCAUGGCCUGCUGCCGGGUGUUCACCACCAUGGAAGCCCUCCAGGAGCAUGUGCAGUUUGGGAUCAGAGAGGGCUUCAGCUGCCACGUCUUUCAUCUCACCAUGGCUCAGCUGACAGGCAACAUGGAAUCAGAGAGCACCCAAGACGAGCAGGAGGAGGAAAAUGGAAAUGAGAAGGAGGAGGAAGAGAAACCAGAAGCAAAGGAGGAGGAGGGGCAGCCCACAGAAGAAGACCUUGGCCUGAGGAGAUCCUGGAGCCAAUGUCCAGGCUGUGUGUUUCAUUCUCCAAAGGACAGGAACUGAGACUUAUGGGCCAGAAGAUACUGGAAGAUGGUGUGGCCUUCUCUUGCAAGAGGGAGAAGAAAGAGCCAUGGAGAUAGUAGCAGACAGACUGCCCAAGCAACCUUUUGGAAAUUUUUCAGGUGUUUACUCAAUGUUUUCUUUUUCCAGCAUCUAUUGAACAAUUAACUUAUUGAUUUUUAAUCAUUCUUAUUUUUAAAUAAAUGCAUAUGAAGCUAUGCAAAUUUUCUG